GGUGUUAGAAAAUGUUAGAAAAUGAUGGGAAAUGUAGCCAGAGCUUAGUUAUUGAAAAUAUAUUACUUUCGAUCUGAUAAAUUCUAAAAGGUGAUGCUAUUCUAAAAGUAUGUUAGGACUCUGAUUAAAUCAAUUUUGAUGCUGUUCACAUCAUUUACGUCCGGUGCUGUCAGUCCAGAGUCAGUGCGUACAUAUUCGUACUGACACCACGUGGGAAUGAAACCAACAACCCCGGCAUUGCUAGCAGCGUGCAGGAACUGAGCGAUGCGGGACCAUAUUAUAACAGGACUAAUUCUUGGACUUGCCUAUCGACCACAUCAACCUCCUUACUAUCAUCCAGUUGCAACCUGUGUCUGUUCCAGAGGUUCCACCAUCGUAUUCAGAGCAGGUGUGCAAUCAAAAGGAUUCAUCUUUGUUUUGUAUCGAUGUCACAGUCACACGUCCCUGGACCUGAACGCUAAGCCUCACUAAUGAUAAGGAGACCUGAACUGAACGCUAGGCCCAUGAAUAAAUUAACUCUGCACAAUUCAAAUCGGCUGUGACCGUGACAGGCGAAAUUGCCAGUGUGAGAGGUUGGUUUUGAAUGCCCUACUACCCCGCAAUGUCCAGGUCCAUAACUGGAAAUUUUGUGACCACCGCAGACCAGUUGCGUGAAUGGAUUGACCCCACAGGUCACCAUGACAAGAUGUGAUGAACCCCCAUCAACCACAUCCACAGAGGAGACAGCUGAGACACUCAACGACCGACCAACGAGAGGUGACUUGUAGUGACGACAUCGCUCCCUACAUAUUUGUUUUCUCUCCAGAAUAUGCCCACUGGACGGCAGCGGUAUGACCCUGAUGACCCUGAACCUGACCUCUUCCAGCUCUGCCUCUGUGGAUCCCAGCAUGUACCUGACCAACAGCUCCCCAGGGAUGCAGACCUACUCCGACUCGGCCAACCUUGCUGGAGGACCCUGGGCUGCCGCGCAGCCUUCUGACCGCCUGGGGCUGGACAAUGACUCUAGCCUGGCGUGGGACCUGACCAAUCUAACCAGGCUAUCCAACGUGUCAGUGUCUAACACCCCAGAUGACAAAGGCUACCUGGGAGGUCACACUGUCUGGCAGGUGGUCCUCAUCGUCUUCUUCACUGGGUCUCUGUCGCUGGUCACUGUCGUAGGCAACAUCCUGGUGCUUGUCUCUUUCAAGGUGAACAAGCAGCUGAAGACAGUGAAUAACUAUUACCUGCUGAGCCUGGCCUUCGCUGACCUCAUCAUAGGCACCCUCUCCAUGAACCUGUACACCACAUACAUCAUCAUGAAACAAUGGGCCUUAGGGAACUGGGCGUGCGACCUCUGGUUGGCUAUUGACUACGUGGCCAGCAACGCCUCGGUCAUGAACCUCCUGGUCAUCAGCUUCGACCGCUACUUCUCCAUAACACGACCUCUGACCUACCGAGCCAAGAGGACCACCAAGAGAGCCCUGACCAUGAUCAGUAUGGCUUGGACCGUGUCCUUCGUCCUCUGGGCCCCGGCUAUCCUCUUCUGGCAGUACAUAGAAGGGAAGCGAACUGUGCCGCAUGGAGAGUGCUAUAUCCAGUUUCUCUCCGAGCCAAUUAUCACCUUCUGUACAGCCAUCGCUGCGUUCUACCUGCCUGUCACCAUUAUGACGGUUCUCUACUGGAGGAUCUACAGGGAGACUGAGAACCGGCAGAGGGACCUGGCAGGCCUGAGGGGCUCAGGGAACAAGGCGGGGCAGGGGGGCAGCCAGAAGGAGGAGGACGCCCAGGAGGAGGCCACUCCUAUGGUCCCGAAGACGGGGAGCUCCCGGAGCUGCAGUAGCUACGAGCUGAACCAGGUCGGUCAGAAAGGCUCUGGAGGAAAGAAGGCAGCGGGCCACUUCCGGUUCUGGCCACUUAGCAGGUGGUCCAGGAAGAAAGCAGUGGUGGGCGGAGAGCCAGAACACAGCAGCUCCGAUAGCUGGAACAACAAUGAAGGUGGCGGGGCCUCCAUGGACCAAUCAGAUUCUGAGGAGGAGGGGGCAACAGAGUCGAGCCGAGCAAUCUAUUCCAUUGUAGUUAACCUGCCGGGAAUAAACCCUGCCCUUGGCAAUGACCCUAACAAUGAACCCCAGCUGACCUUUCCUGUGAACCAGGAUGCUACGGAGGAAGAUCCCCUCCGGCCACCAGGGGGCAAUAAUAAGGAGAAGAAGAUGUCAUCCAAGACGAAAAGGGACAAAGAAGACAACAGCUACAACCAGCGUGCCUUCUCCAAGACCGUCACUUCCUCGUCCUCCAUGGAGACGUCCACCAAAACCCACCCAGGGGACUCGUCCAGCUCCAAGUCCCCGACCUCCGCCGUGUCCGCCCCGAUCUCCAUGAAGGAAGCAGCCAUGGCCAAACGCUUCGCCUCCAAGGCCAGGACCCAGAUCACCAAACGCAAGAAGCAGAGUGUCGUCAAGGAGAAGAAAGAGAAGAAGGCAGCCCAGACUCUGUCGGCCAUUUUGUUCGCCUUCAUCAUCACCUGGACCCCCUACAACAUCAUGGUGCUGGUGAACACGUUCUGUGAUGACUGCAUCCCCGAGGCGCUGUGGGCGUUGGGCUACUGGCUGUGCUACGUCAAUAGCACCAUCAACCCCAUGUGUUACGCCAUGUGCAACCUGACCUUCAGGAACACGUUCAAGAUGAUCCUCCUGUGCCGCUGGCAGGACAUAAACAAGCGCAACAAGCCCCAGUUUCAGCAGAGGCAGACAGUGGCCUUCCGAAAGAAAGAGCCCUUGUAGUGGUCAUCCACCUGGGCCAGCUGUUGCAUUUAACAGGCCGGCUGUCCACGCAGACGGA